UCGCCCCGCCCCAUUUGCCACGGUCUGUGGUGGCUAUGACAACGAAAAGGACACUAAUAAUCGAGGAACAUAAAGAAUUGUUGUAGAAGAUCCAUAAAGCCACAAACUUGAAACAAAAAUGUCGAAAAACAAGAGGUCAUGCUUGCCUGUCUUCAAAACUUGAGAGCCCUGCAAACUUCUCAUUCCCUGCAGGCAGCAGGAAACAAGGGUGCUCACGGUUACCAGAAGAAAAGAGAUGGGGAAGGGAGGACUUGUGUGCGCUUCAGAUGUGGCCUGACAAACACAAUCCUGGAUGUUCUUCGCCAGAGACCAGGCUGGGUCGAAGUCAAGGAGGAUGCAGAAUGGGACUUCAACUGGUGUGAUGUAGGGUGGCUCAGAGAGAACUUUGACCAUUCUUACAUGGAGGAGCAUGUUAGAAUUUGUCAUUUUCGAAACCACUAUGAGUUGACACGCAAGAACCUGAUGGUGAAGAAUUUAAAGCGCUAUAAAAAAAUGCUUGAACGUGAAGCUGGCCGUCUGGAGGCAGCUAAAUGUGACUUCUUUCCGUGUACCUUUGAACUACCCAGUGAAUACCAUUUGUUUGUUGAGGAGUUUAAGAGAAGUCCAGGUAACGUCUGGAUUAUGAAGCCUGCGGCCCGAUCACAGGGGAAGGGAAUCUUUCUUUUUCGAAAACUAAAGGAUAUUAUAGAAUGGAAAAAGGACCGAAUCCGUACUGAGGAACAAAAAGAUGAAGCUCAGGUUGAGAGCCACGUUGCCCAACGUUACAUUGAGAACCCAUAUCUCAUAAAUGGCAGGAAAUUUGAUCUAAGAGUCUACGUUCUUGUAACUUCAUAUCUCCCACUCAAAGCUUGGCUGUAUAGAGAUGGAUUUGCCAGAUUCUCCAACACCAGGUUCUCCCUUAGCAGUAUUGGUGAUCAGUAUGUCCAUCUUACUAACGUGGCAGUACAAAAAACGGCUCCAGACUAUGAUCCUGAGAAGGGUUGCAAAUGGCAGAUGCAACAGUUGCGAAGAUACAUGACUGCAAAACAUGGCAGAGAGGCAGUGGAGGCUCUUUUCAAAGAUAUUGACAACAUCUUUAUCCGCAGCAUACAGAGUGUGCAGAAGGUCAUCAUUAAUGACAAACAUUGUUUUGAGUUGUAUGGAUAUGACAUUCUGCUGGACCAGGAUCUUAAGCCGUGGCUGUUAGAGGUGAACGCUUCCCCUUCUCUCACUGCCAGCAGUCAAGAGGAUUAUGAGUUAAAGUAUAGACUGCUAGAAGACACUUUGCAUAUUGUAGACAUGGAAGGCUGUCUCACUGGUAGGGAAAAGCAGGUUGGUGGAUUUGACCUCAUGUGGAAUGAUGGACCAGUCUACAGAGAAGAUGUUGGCUUGGAGGCUCUGGGGAGCACCUACCAAAUAGCUAAUACACAUCUUGGCUGUGUGAAUGAUCGGAAGAAACAGCUGCAACAGCUCUUGAAGCCACUUCCAGGACAGAAAAGAAUAUGAAUGCAAAAUAUUGCACUGUAGUGUUGUUCUAUCACAAGUCGUUGCUUUUGUUCUGGGAGAAACAAGAUCGAUGGCCACGGGUAUAGCGGCUUGCUAUCAGAAAAUCUUGUGCAAUUCCUGUAACAAGCGAUGCGAACAAACGCAUUUAGUGUUGCAGGCCAUGUUGUAGAGAAACAGCGGAAUCGCCUGCAAAUGAAUGAAUCCUGGCAAAGCUGAUGUUAUUCUGUUUUUGCCAAAUAAGAUAAGUACACUAACAUAGUUGGCGUUUAGGCUAAAUUGAAACCAUUUUUGUAGUAGGACUAUACAGUGCCUUACAAACGUAUUCAUACCCACUAAACUUUUCAAAAUUGUUCACAUGUAACAACCACAAAGAAAAGUGUAUUUUAUUGGGAUUUUAUGAAAUAGUCCGAAAGAAAGUGGCACAUAAUUGUGAAAUGGAAUGAAAAUUAUAAAUGGUGUCCAAAUUUUUUUUUACAAAUAAAUAUCUGAAAAGUGUGGUGUGCAUUUGUAUUCAGCCCCCAGUGGAUGAACAGUACUGUACAUACCAUAGAAAUAUGAGGCAAAAUGAUUGAUUUAACAUGAAUUCCUUAUGCAUUAAACUUUUUUUUUCCAUGAUCCUUUCAUGUACGAUAUGGUCUUAAAUGUAUUAGCAAAUGUGAAAUGUAUUUAUUCAAUUAUUUAUUAAUUUUCUUGAGACUUGACUGGACUAUCUCUGUUUAGAUUAGAUUGUACUUCUCUGUUAGAUAAAAUCUGAGGUGUGACUGAUCUUUUAUUAUAUAUAGUAUACCUUUUAACAGUAUUUGAUGCUGAGAGAAACAUGCCACUUUCAUAAAAAACUAUUACUCUACUUAUCAACAUUGGAUUAUUCAUUCAUUCAUUUUCAUUUACUACCGCUUAUCCGAUCUUCUCGGGUCACAGGGAGCCAGGCGUCAUCUGGCAUCGAGGCAGGAUACACCCUGGACGGAGUGCCAACCCAUCGCAGG